UCCCAAUGAAGUAUUUUUCGCGGUUUUUAGUCCGUCAGUUGUUAGUAUCGCGGAGCGGGCGUAGUAUAUUCUACGAUCAGUCUCGAUUUCAUAUGUGGAACUCUCAUAUGUGAAUAGGUGAUUCGUGCUCGUUCCGCGAUUGUUUUUGUUGUUACUCCUCCACGGUGAUAUCAACGCGAUCGUAAACUAUGGUCAUUGCGAGAAUUUAAUGCCUUUCGUCUAAACAAUCUUUUCCUGCAGCAACCAAUUUACGCACUCACGGUUUCUAGCAUCACCAUGCCGUAUUUCGACUGUUCCGAGAUAAAAUCGAAUCUGUAACGCAGCCUCCUAAUAAAACGGCUAAAAAAAGCAAAUCUGAAUUGUAAUCAUGACCUCCUAUCAAAGUUCGUCGGUGCCUUAGAUAAAAGUCUAUAAAUAAGUGAUUAGGGAAGGUGCUGAUAAGAAAAUAUCAAUUGGGAGGAAAGUUUUAAGUUGGAGUGACCGUAAAUAGUUGAUUCGGGAAAGUGUGUAAUAUCGUUUGCGAAAAUGAGUGGUUCCUUGAUUCCUACUGCGGAGCAGAUAGAGACGCUCAGGGACCUGUUCUUUAAGAAGUUGGAGCGUGAGGGCACACCUUUUGAAGAUGGCUUGGAUGCAAGGGACAUCAACCGGAUUGAGACCUCCAACCUCUACCUACAAAAAUUCCUGGAAACAUAUGAUCUGGACAUGAAGCAAGCACUGAAAACUUUAUGGGAUACAUGUUUAUGGCGCAAGGCAUAUGGGACCAACGAUAUUAACGAGCACAAUGUUAACCAGCAGCACUUAUAUUCAGGAAUAAUAUUCGCUUACAACCGGGACAUCGAUGGGAAAACACUAUUAAUUUGUAAAACUAAGCUCCACCAAAAAGGCAAGAACGACGUAGACGAUCUGAUACGACUCCUUGUCUAUUGGGUUGAACGACUCCAACGAGAGGAGAAUUACGCACAAAUUUCACUAGUUUUCGAUAUGAAUUCAACUGGACUCAGUAAUAUGGACAUGGAAUUCACAAAAAGGAUAAUAGAAACCUUCAAGUUCUACUAUCCGUAUAUUUUAAAUUAUAUUAUUAUUUUCGAUAUGCCGUGGGUUUUAUCUGCUGCCUUUAAAAUAGUGAAAAGUUUGUUGCCACCAAAAGCUGUUGCCAAAAUGAAAUUCGUCAACCAAAAAACAAUAAGUGAUUACGUGGAUGAAAGUAACGCAUUAUCGUGUUGGGGAGGAAAAGACAAUUACGUGUAUUCAUUCGUCCCUGAAAACCGAAAAUCCGAGGAAAAUCGUGUAAAUCAUAAUAACAAUAAUUAUGAUUUAAUAUCACAGAAUGGAAACGAAUCAGCUUCCUUAUCAGCGAGAAAGGUGCAUUUUGCCAACUCCAGUCCGCCAGACUCUCCAAUGUCGGACACGGCGCAGUCCACGAGCACCGACAGGAACGAAGCUGAAUUGCUUCGUAUCACGCCGGACGAUGCUAUCGUGUUUAUGAAAACCGGUAACGAACUGGUAGGAACUGUUGAAAUUAUGAACAUAUCUUACAGCGAUGUAACCUAUAAGAUAAAAACCACUUCCCCCGAAAAGUUUCGGGUACGUCCAAGUUCAGGUUGUCUCUCGCACGGUGCAAGCACAACAAUAAAUGUAGUUUUACAGCAAGGCCAAUCCUUGUCGACUUUGAACAAAGAUAAAUUUCUUGUCAUGGCGAUGCCAUUGUCAGCGGAAGAUGCGGGAAAUACACAAGCAAUAGCUGAACUGUGGAAGAACACGCCCACGAAUAGUCCGUCAGUGGAGCAACGCCGUCUCAAAUGUACUCUGCCUCAUCAGAUGGCCCCUGGUGAUGGCUUAAAGAAUGGACGUGUAAACUCUGGUAGUUAUUCAAACGUAAUUGACAGCGAUAGGCAAUUCACUUCGAUGCUCUCUCAACUGACUGAAACAACAUCAAGACUUGAAAAUCAAAUAAAGUUUUCACAGAGUCUACAAUGGAUUACAUUGACCGUUUUCAUGCUACUCUCGAUGGCUGUCGUUUACAUUCUAAAACAGGAAAUCAAUCAAAGCGGAGCCUGCCAUUCGGAAUUUUGAAGCGACAAAGGGGAGUCUAGACUGCUCAAAAGACGUUCAUGGAAAACCGAAUGCAAGUUAUUUAUGUCACACAUCCUAUUACCUGUACGAAAACAUGCCAACGGUAAUUUAAUUUUACACGGAGUACCUAAAUCGUUGAUGAAUCAUCAAACAAUUUUCAAUUGUUCAAAUUUGCAAGCUAAAUUCUCCUUUUCUCUUUGGGACGAUUGUAGUUUAUAAAUCCAAUCUACUUUCAUUUAGAUACUAAUUGCCAAUCGUAGAUUGUCACUUUGUUUUUCGUUUGAUAUUUAAUUAAUGAUAAUUUUUGUGUAAGCGGAAGAAACGUGGAUGGAUAUUUGCUUUCCUUUUAAGUGAAGCUUCUCGAAGAUACAAUGCAUCUUGUCCAAGUAAGGUUUGUGAGUUAGCAAUGCAAAAGGAAUCGUUAAAUAUAUUCGUACUAAUGAUACACAAAUGCAAAAACUUACUGCCUAUGCCAAACACUUUUAAAACAGAAAAUAUUGUAUUUAAUACAUAAAUUGUCAAAAUCAAUCAUUGAUUCAAUUAUUAAAUUAUUCUAAUGAACCUAAAGCCUUGUAAGUAAAUCCAGAACUCAAAUAAAUGGGUAUUUGUAAUUUGCUGAAAAUUAUUUCUAUCUAAAGGAACUUUGCUAUGCUGCAUUCAAUUUGCGUACGUAUUGAAACUAAAAUUAAGAAAAUUUUCUAUUUUACAUGAAAGGGAGAAAUGUCAUUUGGAAGAGCUCUAGAAUAUUUCCUACUGUAUUGCGUCGAAGAUGAGUAAAUAACACAAAAUAGACACAAAGCAAGUGAAAAGAACUAUUUUGUCUACCUGUUUGUUAAGUCUGUGACUCUGACACAUGUGAUCCAGAUAAUAAUUAUAAUAUAUGAAUACUGAGAAAAUAAAGAAAAUUACUCUA